AGUAAAAAAGGACGGAUCACUAGAGCAUUGUAGCUCCCUGCACAAGCUCAAGCCUAAUUAAGGAAACUGUUUGGUGUGCUUGUGUGGACCACGUAUGAACCACACGAUGAUACGCCGCCUGGGGAAUUAUGUCUGGCGACUGACCACGUUGCAUCUUCUCGUCGCAUAUAAGAAGUAGAGCUGCUCUCUGGCCUUCAUCCGCCGACCACGCAAUCGCCUUUCCUAUUGUGCUUUGCUCUCGCAAAGAUGACUUUCAGCAAGCUGAUGUUUGGUCUGACACCGGCCCCCACAGCACAAUUUCUCGCUCUCCUAACUAUGUUUCUGACAACUGUGUCAGCCAAGGGAAAGCCAGCAUCAACGGCCGAGCCCACUGGCAAGACCCCCGACUUCAUCUUCAACAAACCAUUGUCUGCAACCUUGUCCACGCCACUGCUCCAGCAAAUUCCCCUUUAUUUGCAUUGUGGCGGCGGCACCCAUUAUGCAGCAGUGACCCUAGACAUGGCACUCAUUGCCAAUAGUAGACAUGGAUACUGGCCAAUGAACGCAGGCACCCAUCUGUACACGGAACCCUUUAACCCAUCGCUUGGUCAGCCUCUGACAUGGAACGAAAUGGGGCUCUGCAGGUUUUUCAAAGACCAGGAAGGCUAUUUUCAGGCCAAAGCCCCAUUUUUUAACAAAGAGGGCACAAGAGUAGGAGACGUGGUACUCACGGUCAAGACUGAUGAUCACAAACCACCAACAAGUAAUGCAACGUCGCAGGUCAAGAUUUGCUCCUUGUACUUCAGCCCAGAGGUGUCAAAAAGCGACUUUACGGCUGGGCGAGAAUUUCAGAAGCCAUGUUAUGAGGAAGUCCCGGCACAAGGUUGGCCAACAACAGUGAACGACCUUUGGAAUCACAAGCUGCCACGGCAAGGGACCGUUUCUUGCAAGUUGAAAUCAGGCAAAACAUUCAACACAAAGCUUCAGGACAUCUUGAAAAGGCCUUUUGCUGGCGAGCAUUACCAACAGUGGAAACUGAGGCCUACUCGCGAUGACACAGCAGAUCCAUACGGAAACCAGUACUACAAGAGCACGAAGCAGGGUUUUCUUAUUGGUGUUGAUCUCGAUCGAGACACAGCCAUGUUCGGUGAAACAAAAGACCGUCCUAGACUUGUGAUCGAAGGAGUAGCUGAGAGCAAAGUGGAAAUCAGAGAGCCAACUGAAUUGACUGAGUGGUACAUUUUUCCCGAUACAACUUCGGACGCCGUGAACUGCACAUUCAUCGCGACAAGCAUGUAAAUCGGAGCUGCUACUCAGCUGCGGGCAGAAAAGUGAGUACAGAACUCGGCACUGAGGGUAUUGCAAUUGGUGGCUUCAGAUUUGACAUUGAAGUUCCUGACUUUCUAGAAAUUCACCGCUGACAGUACUGGUGUAGCAUCCUAGAGAUGCUC